AGGGGGGCGGGGGGGCAAGGGACGGGGCCGGAGCCGGAGCCGGAGCGGGCGGCGGCCGCCGCGCCUCCCCAUGGCGAAGAAAACCUACGACCUGCUCUUCAAGCUGCUGCUCAUCGGGGACUCGGGGGUCGGCAAGACCUGCGUGCUCUUCCGCUUCUCCGACGAUGCCUUCAACACCACCUUCAUCUCCACCAUCGGGAUAGACUUCAAGAUUAAAACUGUUGAAUUACAAGGAAAGAAGAUCAAGCUACAGAUAUGGGACACAGCAGGGCAGGAACGAUUUCACACUAUCACCACCUCUUAUUACAGAGGUGCCAUGGGAAUCAUGCUAGUAUACGACAUCACCAACGCCAAGAGCUUUGAAAACAUCAGCAAGUGGCUCAGAAACAUAGAUGAGCAUGCCAAUGAAGAUGUGGAGAGGAUGCUGUUAGGAAACAAGUGUGACAUGGAAGAUAAAAGAGUUGUCCCUAAAGCAAAAGGAGAACAGAUUGCUAGGGAGCAUGGUAUUAGGUUUUUCGAAACUAGUGCAAAAGCAAAUAUAAACAUUGAGAAGGCAUUCCUCACAUUAGCAGAAGACAUUCUUCGAAAGACCCCUGUAAAAGAGCCCAACAGUGAAAAUGUAGAUAUCAGCAGUGGAGGUGGGGUGACAGGCUGGAAGAGCAAGUGUUGCUGAACGUUCUCCUAUAUCACCAAUCGCCAUCCACCGCCCCUUUUUUCUCGCUGCAAAACAAACCACUCUGCCCAUUUUUAACCUUAAACCAAUGUUUUGUUCCUCAUCUUAACAAGCUGCUGUCUCCCUUUGUCUUUCUGUUUAGGACAGCUUGCGUACUAUAAUUUUCUCGACAACAUGUAUAGGAAAAUCAUGUCCGUGACUUCAUUUUUUUUAAUGUUCCUGCUCAACUUACCACUACGUUUUGGUUGUAUUAUAGUCCCGUUCUUCCUGACAUUAAAACAUAUAGCAAUCAUAUUCAACUCUAUUCUGCAAAUUGUAUAAGAAUAAAAGUUAGAAUUAACAAUUUAUUUUGUACAACAGUGGAAUUUUCUGUCAUGGAUAAUGUGCUUGAGUCACCAUAUUCUCUAGAUGCAUCAUCAAAAGAGCCAGGAAAACACUCAUUUUCGCCUUGAGUAUGUGAAUGGGGUUUAUUUUGUCCUGUGCCUUAUGUGGAAAGGAACUUUUGUUUUUCACUUUUUUUUCCUCCCUUCUGGUGGAAGCAUGUGCAGGAGACAUACCAUCCAUACUUGACCAUUUUAAAGUACUGAACUCUUUUGUGAUUGCUUUCUGUAAUUGUUGGUGUAAUGCAUCGAGGACAAAGGGUGGUGCAAAAAAUACUACAUUUAAUCUGCUAUGUCUCCUUUUUGGUGAUCUAGCCAUUCAGAACUGUUCCUGCUGCCAUUUUUUUUCUCACUUGCAAGUCUUUCCUUUUGCCUGCAUGCUGCUUUUAUUUGCUUUUCUUCAUGGUGUGAUGUGUUAAUUAAAAGGAUGGCAACAUGGUGUGUUUGCCAAAAAUUUAAUACAAAGCACUGAUUUAGCUUUCAAGAUGAAAUGUUGAAGAUACCUACUAAUUUCCCUCUAGCCAAUGUCAGUUCACUAGUAUAUCUUCUCUCCUCCUGCAUAGCCAUUGGGUUUUAUGAUAUGGAAGAGUUAUUUGCAUGCACUAGUUUUCUAUGGAGGGUGAUGUGGUUGUCUACUUUAUGUGUAUGAAUAUAACAUGCAGUUCCCAAACUGACAGCAGUUGACAUGAACUUAAAGUUCUCUCUUACUGUUAGCCUCUCCAGCCAGUUGUUAGGUAGCCUAGCAAAAGGCCGUGUAAAACUAGGAUUAAAAAAAAAAAAAAAAAAAAAGUUGGCAGUUUAAUUUAUUGCCUCCCUGAAAACUUUCCAUUUCCUGGUGUUAGAAGCUCUGUGAGUCAUUUGUACUUCAGUCAGUCUUGCGCUCACUCCAGAAGUGUGGGUAUGAGCAGGUGAUCCACGCUGGGCUUUUGAGUCCCGGCGGAAUUAACUUGCUUUUCCAGUUCGCCUUCUCGCUUUGCCUGUAGAUAAGGGCAUGCUAGCUGUGCUGCUAGUGUCCUAGUGAGGCACCUGUGUUCAGUGAUUGAAUGGCAUCCUUCAUUUCUGAAAUAAAAGGGGGUUGAUGACUGCUGGUCUGACUCUUUGGACUGCUCCUGUUGAACUGGAUGUUCAGUCUGCAACAGCAUUUGUGCUUUCACUUGCCUUGCAUUUAAAAUACUAUGUAGGAGAACUUCUCCAGCCAAGGACACACAAAUAUUUUAAAUAGACACCUCCCCUCCUCCCCCUUCGCCAAAAGCCUCCCAUUCUACUUUAAAGUUGGACAAGCUUGUGCCUGACUCUUGUCCACUUGGUUUUGGGACUUUUCUCCAGUAAAUAAUUAAAGUAGUAAAUAAUGCUGAUUUAACUCUAAUGAGAUGACAGUGUUUUAACAUGGAAAUUCUAGUUUUGACCUGCUUUCAGUGUAGUAACUUUACUGAUGUGUCUCCCUUUUCCUCUGUAUUUUGGCAUUUUGUCUUUGUAUUUGUUAACCCUUCCCAGUUGAGUGGCUGUUGGGGUAAGGCAGGACACUGGGACUCUAGUUGAUAAAAUCGACACGGUUUUGUUUCUCCCGUGCUAAGCCUAUUGAUCAGCAUUGUAAAUAGACUAUGGCUACCUUUUUGUUAAAUCUGCACUUUCUAACAUUAUCAAAAAGGGAAAAUGGAGAAAUAUACAUCAAUUUUUUUGUAUAAUCUUUGUUUUAAGCGUGAGCUUUUUAUUUGCGUAAAGGGGCUCGGCUCCUGUGUAAAUCUGUUGGGAUCCUUUGUAGAAGCUGUGUUCAUUGAAACCAAACAGUUAGAGAACAGCCCACUCUCUGGUACUACUAGCUACAAAUUCAGUUUCAUAUUCUACUUAACAAGUUAAUAAACUGAAAUAUUUCUAGAUGGUCUACUUCUGUUCACAUAAAAACAUGAAUUUUAACAAUGUGGUUUGGCUUUCUUUUAUUCGUGGAGUGCAAGGCCCAGCUGAGGAGGAGUGAGCAACAAGAGUAAAUGCCUAUGCUCAGAGGUAGUGAUCGUGUUGGAGGAAUCUGCAGCAACUUUAUUUCUGCUGGUAUCUAAAUUUACUGCUAGCUAGCAAACUGCUUGUGAAACCUGUAUUUGGAAGACACCCCCCUCCCCAGUCCUGUGCGUGGAAUAAAGCCUAAGGCCUGCCUAGAAAACAAUCUAAAAGGAGCUUUCCCUGUGCCUCUUUCAUACAGUGGAGUCAUCUGGAUUCUGCAGUGCUGGAGUCCAUUUUACAGUGGAUUUACCCUGAUGCACAUUUAACUCGGCUGCGCCCUGUGUAGCCAGUGCCCCGGGAGGCGUGCUUUUAAUGUAAUCGGCCCUCAGAGGAACACCAGUGCUACCUUUUGUCAUGGCGAAAAAUGUAACUUAAUUAAAUCAGUAAUGAUAAACUAAAAACUGAAUCUAUUGUACAAGUGUGUUAACCGUUACAUAUUUAGAACUUAAAUGUAGUCUUCACUUGCCUAUGGUGAGCGACUGGAGUUACGGUCAGGAUCGGGAAGGUUCAGAUGACAAGGGCUCCAAUGCCUGGCAGAGGUAAAAGCUGCACUUCUAGUAUUGGACUCGAUUGUGGAAAAACAGCAUCAACUUACAAGGUCUAGGAUUAAUUCCCAUGCCUACAAUUUUUUACUUAAUCUUUUAAUAUUUUUGCUACUCCACUCUGGCUUUUUAUUUAAAACACAUUCUUUUGUACCACUUACUGUAUCAAAUUGUAUAAAAGAUCACUGUCCCAUUCUUGGUCAUACCAAGAGCAAAUAAAAGCUUUUAUAAACUUGCA